GUUCCUCAUUGCUGUGCACUAGUGUAGAGGGGCUGUUCCCUUCAGCAGAUCCCAGCUCAGUCCGUCCAGAGCAGCGGCCGCGGUGACCGCUGGGGACUAGGCGGCAACGCAGCGGCGCCCUUUCGCAGGUAACAGCGGCUCCCGGUCGAGCGAUGCACCGCGUUUGAUUCGGGCGUUUUUGAUGGGGGUCUGUGUGUUUAAAUUUGACGACACUUGCGGACGCCUGAGGAGGCGAAGCUGCCGCCGUGAGGAGGAGACAGAGGUUGAGAGUCGCAUCUGCGUUCAACAUUUCCAGCGGUCCCCUCAACUUGCAGCCGAGCCGAGCCAAGGCAGCUACCUCGGCGCUCUCCUGUCCGGCUCGCCCUGUCUCCUCUGCCGGGAUUAGGGGAUUUUAGGACAAUACUGUGGCACUUUCAGGAGGCGACAUUGGAAGUGAUGGCCUCAGCUGCGCAGCUGUGCCAGUGAUCCUGCCACUGCAUGUAGGGAAGAAGCAGAGACGCCUUGACAACCGACCUACCUUCCUCUCUCAAAAAAAAAAAAAAAAAUAGCAGAGAGAGGAAAAAAAAUAUAAUCACACCAGCAUAAACAAAUGCGACCAUGUACAGUGUGGAGGACCUCCUCAUCUCUCAUGGAUACAAGCUGCCCAAGCAUACCACCUCCUCCACCCCUACCCCAGCCCCCGCAUCCUCGUCCCGCCAGGCUCCCUCGUCCUCACCGCCAUCCUAUAGCAAACACCAUGAAAUCCUGGAGAACAGGCCCAGCCCCAGGACACUGAACGGCUAUGAAAGAGGGCCCGGGGCACCCUAUGGGAACGGUGGUGGAACCAGGCAUCCCCAAGCGUACAGCAGUGGCUGUACCAACAACAAUAAUGAACCCAGGGACAGGAGCCAGCCCAGGCGGGAGGGUGAGAGCCGGAGCCAAAUUGAAACCCACUCCUUGGGAGAGUCGCUGACCUCAGACAGUGGGUUCUGUGAUGGCACAAGAGGUCCACAGUUGCAGUCUAAGGACGUGUCCUACUGGAGGAGAAGAGGCCAGGACUUUACUGUGCUGCUGGAUUAUGCUGACUUCAGAGGGACCCAUGGAGGAGGACAGGGGGGUUACGUCAGGCCCGAGGGGCCUCAGCAGGCAAGAGGCCAAGAGUUGUCUGCAGACGACCGUCAGAGGGCAGCUCAUGAGAGACAGCGUUGGGCAGCCCAGACCCAGGCUCAAGCUCAGGCUCAGGCCCAGGCCCAGGUCCAGGCCCAGGCUCAGGCUCGUUCUAGAGAGCGGGAGGCUGCUCUCCAUCAGUGGAAGAUGGCGAGUGAGAGGAAAUGCCAGAGCUUGGGAACAGAUGAGUGGCGUCCAGCCGUGAGCUUUGGCCGCCAGCUGUCACAGAGUGAGGGUGAGCGUUGGGCACAGGAGCAGCAGCGGCUUCAUGCCAGGACACCAGAGGGCGCAGCAGUCCACCCGAGGACCAAAGCCAAAUCCCAGUCCCUGCCUAGGAUGUUGCAGCCUGAGAGCCUGCAAUAUGUGGACAUCGCCUCAUCUGGUAAGGAACUGUACAGGCGGGUCAAUGGCCACCCACUGUCACACCACGACCUUUACAGGGCCCCCCACUGGCCAGAGAAUGGCAGGCCGGCUAGUGCCAACCAACUCUCAAUGACACCAAAGCCCCGCUUUACCCGACCCCCCAGACCUCCCUCCUAUGAGAUGCACCAGCAGAUCAGGGGAAGUUGUGAGGUGUUGUCUGGGAGAGACUCAGCCAUUCCCCAGGCCAGGGACAGAACGCCGCUUCCCAUAUCAAGGACAGGUGACCCCCAACUGGACUAUUUUGCACCAGAGUCUGGACCUCCAGGAUACAUCCCUCCCCCAUCAUAUAAAAGAGCCCCUAUAAUGCCAGGGGGACACCGGGGAUAUGGCGAAAUUGCUAUUGACUACAGGUACCGAGGGGAUGUGUACCAGCAGAUAGAAGUGGCUCCAGAUGGAUCUCACUGGUUCACCAGACAUCCAGUAGGUUCCUGGCCUGAUCCCCAGAGAGACAGGAGCUUGUCUAGCCAGAAACAGCUUUACCCUGUGUAUACUACCCAGGAGCGCCCUGGUGGAGGGGUCCAGUACAUCCCCUUUGAUGACCCACGUAUUCGCCAUAUUUCCUCAGCACUGGGUGGCAACUCCCUGACGGACGCUGACAAGAUCCGCCACAUUCGCAACGAGCUUCCCAGCGUCACCGUGUCAGAGCCUGCAUCUGACAAUAGUGCCUUUUUGCCCCCACCACUGGGGCCUUUCAUCGCUGCCAAACUGGCCGAUGAUGCUAACCAGACAUCUUCUAGCGACUUUGACAAUGACAAUACCAGAUGGCACAGUGAUUUGCACAAAGAGACUGUAGAUAACUUCCCAGCAACUGACCAAAACUGCAACAACAGAUAUCCCAAAAACCAACGCCCCCCACCAUCUCCCUCGUCAGCCUUCCAGGCUCCAUUAACAAGAACUUCUUCUCGCCAGGGGUCCAGCUCAGAGCAGGUCUUUGCAGAAACCAUCACCCAUGUCAAGAAAAUUGCCCCAGAUUCAGGGCCAGAAAACAACAGGAACACUAAGAGAAGAGUGAGUGAGACCAUCUUCUGCCUUGUGUCUGUUCCUGUUCACACGCCGACUAACAUUAAUAAAGACUUAGCAGCAGAUCAGAACAACAAUGAGACAAUACCAAGCCUGACUGUAACUAAGACAGAAACCUUUGCUGUAGGCCUCAAAGAGAGUCAAACCAUUCGGAGCAAGUCUGUGAACGAAAUGCCCAUCAAACCCCACUACUCCCACUUUCACACCAGCAGCACAUCCUCAAUGAGGAAUUACAAGAGGGCUCCUUUAAGGAAGGAGAUAAUAGAUGCCUGGGCACUCCAAGCCAGUGAAGACAAAGAGUUGUGCUAUGCUGGGUCCUGGCCUGGAAACCAGUACCGUAAUCAGGAAACCCAGACUGGCUCACCUUUGACAGUGUUAAAAAGUCCUGAACCCCAGAGUCCUCCUGGAGGACAAGAGCCUGUUCAGUCUGCCUCAGACACAACCACAGACAGUGGUGUAGGGACAGACAGUAGUUCCUCUUAUGGUUACCCCAUGGCAGGCCAGAAAAACCUUCAUCCCUCCAGCAACAGCGCCUUCUCCCGUCUCAGCCUCAGCCCAACACAACUGCCAUCACAGCAACCCUCACAGCAAGACCCGUCCUCCCUAUCCAAGGCCCAUGAUCAGAGAGACCAGCAGUCAUCCUCUCCCAGGAAGAGCAAUUCCAGUCCCCCGCAGAGUGCAGAGCAAGUGGCCUUUGGGCAGUUUCUCUUAAAGCCAGUGAACCGACGACCAUGCGAUGCCAUUGGUGAACUGGAGAGCAUUAAUAAGGAGAUGGAAGACACGAUUAGCAAGAGACCCAAUGUGGUGCAGUGCAAUGAUGAUCUCGAUGGGGUUAAUAAGAGACAAGACCGAUAUAAAUCCGGAGCACAUUUCACUGGUCCAGAACCAGGCAGAGAAGCAAUCAGUCUUCCACCAAUACACAUAGAAAAACCCAGCAAUAUAAAAGUCAGAUCAAAGUCCUUGGCUUCUACCGCUGAUCUAGACUCCAUGGACAUGAGGAGUGCUUUCUCCAGGCCACAGGACAACAACAUGCCACCAACAAUUGAGGUAUCUGUACUCCCCAACCCAGGUCUCAGAGACAAUUGUAUCCUGUCCCCACUGUCCCCACACAGUGAACCAAACCAUCUCUAUAGACAGGACAUCCCAGUCCCUCAAGAGUCUUUGCUGAGGGAUGUGGGGCUAACUGUAUACACAGAGACUCCUGGUGGUCCCGGGGAGCCAAUGCAGCGCUCACUCUCAGUCCCUUCUCCACUCAAUCAUCAGGAGUUUAGUCAGUCAGUGCAGCUCUCGUGGGAGAGCAGGACAGCACUUGUUAAAAGUAGUGGUAGCCCCAAGCACAAUUCAAAUAAAGAGCUUCAGGCGGAGGAGGAUACAGAGAGGAAGGCUAAAUCAGACAAUGUCCCACUAUUCAGGGGUGAGGUGAAUUUAAGCAUCUGUAGAACCAGGAGUGAAAGCACCAGAUCCCCUCAGAAAGAAAGUUCACCACACAUACCAAGAAUUACCAGGGAGGUUUCCUUUGUGUUUGAGGAUGAUGAUGGCAAUGAGAGAUACGCCAUCUCUGAGCCUCUGACCUAUAAGAAUGAGUCAACAAUAGCAGAUAAACAUCUGGAGAACUUACUGAUUCAGGAGAAAGCCAAUGCUUUACCUGCAGAGGACCUCAGCAACCUUUAUGAGGUAAAAUGCGCAAAAGGUAUUCCUGAAAAUGAGUCCAUCGAGCAGAGGGCAGCACGGAUCCUGGGUAUAGCUGUUCCAGUGGAGGCCUUGGGUGUGGCUGAUAAACAAUCCGAGGACAACCAGGACGAAACAGACACCACUGUAGCUGAGAAACAGUUAAGUCCAAGUGAAGAGACACAGCAAGUGAUAGGACAGUGUGAGCAAGUCAAAGAGGAGUCCCUGAUUGUCCAGGGGGCAGAGACAGAGGAGGUGAAGGAAACAGUAUUACGUAUGUACCAAGAAGAAAAUUACAGACAAAAGCACAGCAGCUACAACAGUGAUAGUGACCAAAACCAGGAUACUGAUAAUCAAUCAGCUGUAGUACUAGACUUGCCUGAGUUCCCACCCAGUAAGCUUCCCCUAUCCUUGCCUGUCACUCCUGAUGAGAAGCUAGCACUAAGCAUGUGCAGGGGGGAGAAGAAGGGGCGAGGCGGGGCAUGCAAACUAAUUGAAUCCCUGCAAGAUAAACUAAACUCUUCUGCUUCUUCAUGUGCUACAUCUCUGUGCAGAUUAACCACAGACAGAAUGGCACGGCUGAAAGAGCUGGACUCAGUGUCUCGAAUAAGACGCCUCAGUCUCAAAGGUUCUGAGUCUGCAGGAGAAGUUGGUUCUGAGGAGAGAAAUGAUGAAAGAUUGGAGAGUGAGGUUAAAGAAGAGGCUAAGGAGGAAGUUGUGGAGAAGCAAGAAGAACAGGACAAGAAGCAGGAGGAAGAGGGAAGGGAGGAGGAGCAAAACCCAGAUAAAUAUGAGAAUGCACAUGAAACACAUGACAAGUUGGGAGAUCCCAAAGAAGACUGUAAACCUAAAGAAGAAGUGAAUGAAGGGGUAUGUAAGGAAGAGCAUAGACAAGAACCAGAGGCAGGAGAGAUUAAAGUUGAGAUUGCACUCAAAGUAGACGAUGAAGGGAGUAAAGAAGUAAAUGUUGAAACAAUAACAGAUGAGCCAGAAGGAGAGGUGGAGCUGAAAAUUUUGGAGGAUGACAAAGAAAAGCAUUUGGAGAAGCUGAGAGAUGGACAAAAUGCAGAAGAGGUCAGCAGAGCUGAAUCGACACAGGACACUGAUGGUGUAGAGUUGCCCAAACCAAAGCAGCGCACCAGGCUCCAGAAGCCUCCUCUGCUACCUAAACCCCGCAGUGUUCCUAAGAGAGAAAUAACGCUGCCACUCAGCUUUAGCCCUGGGACCUGUGGACCCUCAAAUAUGGAAGAUGAGGAGAUGCUCUCUGACCCAGACUCCUACGACCCUAGUCGGGUGGAGAGAGUGUAACCUCCGACACUGCCUUCACCACUGUGGAAAUUUGUCUUUCUUAAGUUAACAGCUUUUUCCAACAGCAAAGGCUUUCGUCUCACCUCAUGGCUUAGUCAGCAGUGACCCUUCCAAUAUUGUUACACACUACUUCUCACAGAGCUGACUGUCCUGGUGCUGCGAGAGCAUUUUUACAGCCAAAUAAAGGCACUGCUGGUGCCAAAUCUCCAGGCCUUUUCAACCUUGUCAUCCUUGUCCUCCCAUUCUCUCCACCUCUUAAAAGGUGUAUUUGCUCAAGCAAGCGGACUUCGUCUUUUUGAAGUUCUCUUAUUUUGCUUUUGGAAACACGCAUGUCAUUAUUCCAAGUCUGCACUUGGGCUCGUCUGCGAGCUUGGGUGUUUAAAUAUGAAUGUAAAAGUGUUUCUGCUCAGCAAACAAAAGAAAUGUAAUGGAAAAAAACAAGAAGGCAACAGUAUUGCAUCACAAUCAGUAUUAACCAACACCAAAUGUAAAUAAGAAAGAGUAAUAAGAUUUUAUUGAGAAUAUAAAAAAGCAAUUUAAGACAUUUAAUUGCUGAAGAAAUGUAUAUUUUCUUAUCUAUGUUAAGACUAGAUUUUUGGAAGUGUAGUCUUUGGGUGUAUUACUAAUGACGAAACCCCCCUGCUCUUUAUUCUUAUACUUGUGUGAUAGAGAAUGUACUCAGAGAGCCGGGAUUGCAAUGAGAAACACUGUGGUCCUUGAAUAGUUUCACUCAAAAGCAAUAUAGUCGUCGUGUACGGGCGUUUGUGACAUGAUUUGAACUGAUCUCAUUUAAACAUUUGAUUUGAAGCUCUACCUUUUGGUACAAGUGUUAGAUUUGCACUGCUGAGAUUAUUGGGAUUGUUAUUGUCUUUAUGUUACCAGUGAGCACCUAAUAAUCUCCUCAAAUACUCAGAGAUUACACUCGGAGGGAUUCACAUUCGCAUCCUCCCGGUUCUCCUGUGCCAUCGGUUUCAGCAUCGGCAGUCGCAACAUGUAUCAGCAAUGUCUGAUUUAAGUGUUAUUUUUGUUAAUCCUCAUACUGUUCAAGAAGAAAAUCUAUAUUUUGUGGCAUUAACAGAAGUCUAUAUUUAACCGUUGAGUAUUCUUUGUUCACAUCUUAGAUUCUGUGUGAUUUCAGAAGUGCUUUUUUGCAGGAAAUGAUAGAUGUAGCUAUAUUGAUCGCAGUGUGCCUUGUACACACUGUUUCUGUGGAGAACUUUAUUUGUGUUUGACACAUUCAGUAUUUUCGGUUUACAAAUCCUAAUUUAAACUGGACGUUGAUACUUCAUUUGACUUUAACAAAUAAAAGAAACAUUUGGAGUCAUUUUGGCAAUAAUAAUAAAUGUUAAGCUGAAGAUGCUUAAUGUUGAUGCUGUACAGAACAUCACUGUUGGAAUACUAAUCACAGUAUCCGAACAUGUUCAGUAAUUUAAUGUUGACAUAUCAGUGCUUUAUCCGUUGUGGGCAUAACUGGCAAUUGGUAUACACUCACUUCACUUACGGGGUAGCAAUACAAGAAAUGAAAACAUACCAAACCAAACUUAAUGCUAUGCAUUGGACAUCAACAUUCACUGGGUUUAGUACCAAAAUUCAAAGCUAAAACUGCAACUUCUGGUUUGCUUGUUUGGCCCUGUCACUCUUUGAUCCAGCUGUAUUUGAUGAUUUACCUGUUGGACGUGGUUAGAGACUUGCAUGGAAGUGGCUCUGACUUGAGGUCAUCAGUGGAAGCUCAGUCUGAGGUUUUGUCUUUGUCCUGUUACCAACCCAGUACCUGUACCUCUGUGUUCCAGGUAACGUGUUAUCUGGUCAUUCUCGUAGGUCUUUUUGUACUGCAACUUCUUUGUAACAUAAUAUAGACUAUUGGUGCACAUCUUGCUGUGAUAUUUUCUAUUUUCAUACAGAAGUAUGUACAGUUUCUUUUGUAUGCACAGCAUCUUUGUUUUUCUCUUUUUUUUUGUGCAUGAAAUGCAUAAGAAGUCACAGAGAGAAGGUGUAUUUGCAUAUAAUUGCAUUUGGUACUAUAUAGUCUAUCCAAUAAACAAGUGUUAUAUUUCAUAUAAUGUAUAUUUUAUUUUCAAAAGUUAAGCUACAUAUUUAAACAGAACAAGGUAUUUUUAGAUUAUUGUGAAAAGGGAACUGUUUUUGAAGGCACAAUAUUUGUCUAUAUUUGCUAUGAUCUUUAAAACGGUCAUAAAUAGAGACAAGUGUGUUCUGUUGUACAGUGCUGCA